AUCCUUCUUUUCAAUUUUGUAGUUUUGAAACAAUGCUGUAAAUUUCUUUUAGCCUUUUAGUUCCACUCACUUGAGGCAGCAUGGCGUUGGCUGUACUGUCCACCGCUAUCCUGUUCACAUUGUGUUCCAUGCUGUCCGCCGUGUCAGCUGGAGACCUUGUAGGAUGCGGAGGUUUCAUUCAGUCUGACAUAUCAGUAAACUUUAGCCAAGUAGAAGUCGUACUCUACACCAAGGACGGCGUUGAAAAGUAUCGCACCGACUGUGCGCCGAACAAUGGAUAUUUUCUAAUUCCUCUUUACGAUAAAGGAGAGUUUGUGCUGCGCGUGGAGCCGCCAAAUGGCUGGAAAUUCUUGCCAGAAAGCGUUAUACUGAAUGUGGACGGUGAAACAGACGCCUGCAGUCGUGGAGAGGAUCUCAACUUCGUGUUUGCAGGAUUUGCACUGAGUGGUCGUGUAGUCAGUCGUGGAGAAACCAAGGGUCCAGGAGGCGUUGAUGUCAGUGUAACUAAGGACAACUCAAAUGACGUCAUCAGUACUGUUCAGACUGAUCCCAACGGGCAAUACUUUUUCCCAGGCUUGCUGCCAGGCAAGUAUGUUAUUUCUGCUUCUCACAAAGUGUGGAAACUCGAGAAGUCUUCCACAACGGUUGAAUUGAAAACGGAGAACGCUGCGGUAUCCGAUGACUUUGUAGUGUCGGGGUAUGACGUACAUGGCUUCGUGGAGAACGAAGGCAAGCCCACAUCUGGUGUUAGCCUCUUGCUGUUCGGCUCACCGAGUGUUCCUGUAGUCUGCCCUACAGUGGACAAGCCGAAGCUGGAUGGCGACAGUAUUCCUGGUGAGCUGCUUUGUGAGGCCAAAUCCGGUCAGGACGGUCGCUUCCAUUUCGAUAGUCUACCUCUUGGCGAGUAUCACAUUCGCCCGUACUAUCGCAGCGAGCACAUCACGUUUGAUGUUCUGCCAAGGAAACUUUCAUUCACCGUUGGCCAUGAUAGCCUUGAGCUGAAGGAAGCGUUCCGUGUCCACGGCUUCACUGUAUUUGGCCGGGUGCUCAACAAGCAAGGUGGAUCUGGCCUCAAGGGUGCCACUGUAUCCGCUAAAGGCCUAAGUAGGCCGGCUGUGACUGACUCCAAAGGACAGUACUUCCUGGAGCACGUCAGAGCUGGUGUGUAUCAACUCACAAUUGAGGCAGAAGGGUAUUUUUUCAAGUCCGAAGACGUCACCGUCUCGGCGUCUGCUCCACAGCUUCGCGAUAUUGCUGCGUCAGAGUUCUCUCUUUGUGGAAAGGUGUCACUGGCAACAUCAACCAAGAGCCCUACACCCAUUUCCAGUCGACAGAUUAGACUCUCGGCUCCCGAUCAACAAGGUAAAGAGCAAACGGCAACUUGUGACAAGGAAGGAAAGUUUUGCUUCCAGGUCCCGGCUGGCAAAUGGCAGCUUGCGUAUGUGGCCACAGCUGCAGAUAAGAAAGCUGGAUUUCUCUUGCACCCAGUCUCGUAUCCAGUAGAAAUUGUUGAUUCUCCUCGUCUGGACGUCGUUUUCUCUCAGUUUUUCGCAACCGUCACCGCAGAAAUCGUUUGCAUGUCCUCACCCUGUACUGACUUGCCUGUUGCGCUGCAGUCUCUGACGCGUCAAGACUCCAAACGUACCGUUCUCAACGCUCAGCAGAUUGAUGAGGACAGUCUCAUCGCUCGUGUUGCGUUCAAGAACAUCCUUCCUGGCCAGUACAAGCUCUCUAUCCUGUAUGACAAGUGGUGUUGGAAGGAGACCAGCUUUGACAUCAUGGUCGGCUCGGAAGAUGUGCAGCCGACAGUAUUCAAGCAAAUCGGACACUUGCUCAAGUGCCUAGCUUCACACUCUCUGACCCUGAAAUAUCAGCUCACGGAUGAUGCAGACUACACAAAUGGCAAUGGUAACGAGUCCGAUUCUGUGCCCUCAGUGCAGGGCCAAAGUAGUCUUGUGGAGGGUUCCAGUCAAGUGUGUCUGCCACGUGCUGGUAUUUAUCAACUCACCACGGAGUCAUGUCACAAAUUCACCGGCGAGCCGUUCACUUACAGCACCGCAGUACCUGGUGUGGUUUCGUUGACUGCUUCCGCUCACCGUGUGUCCGGCUCUAUCAUCUUGGCCGAACGCAGCGCUGGCAUGCACGUCUCUGUUGUCAAGCAGUCCCCUGGCAAGGAAGCAGAAAAGCCUGUGAUUGUGGGGCCGCUGGAGUCUACGUCGGCCAAGGCACAAGAUGGCUCGCCUCAGUUCAUAUACCACUACACUCACUGGGCUCGCUCAGAUGAGGUCUUGGUCAUAACACCCCAGCUCGAGGAUGUGCUCUUUGAUCCACCGUCUCAAUCUGUCACCGUUCCCCGCAUCUCCUGCCCUGACCGUGUUCCUGCCUUCCGUGGACGUCGUGGUGUGUACAUCGCCGGAAAAGUAACACCUGCCGUGGCUGGUGUGAAGAUCUUGCUGAAAUUUAAAUCUGAUGCCGAAAACGUUGAUCUGCUUACGGACACGAAAGGACAGUACCGCUACGGUCCAAUUGACAGUGACAGGAAGUAUUCAGUGUCAGCUUUCCUGGAUGGGUAUGUGAUUGAAUCUGCUGCUGAUUCCACCACUGACUUUAUGUUGUCCAAGCUUGGUGAAAUAAACAUUGCAGUGCUCUCCAAAGGUGACAAGUCUCCUGUUUCUGGUGUUCUGGUCUCGCUGAGUGGUGGCAAGUUCAGAAGCAAUAACUUUACCAAUGACAAGGGUCAGCUGCGCAUUCUAAACCUCGCCCCUGGUCAGUAUUACCUGCGCAGUAUGUUGAAGGAGUACUCCUUCGAUCCGGCGUCUAAGCUGAUUGAUGUGUCUGAAGGUGGUACCGUGAACGUCGAUAUUUCGGCGCACCGCGUGGCGUUCAGCUGCUUUGGUAUCACUCGUUCUUUGGGUGGUAUGACUGAGUCCAGUAUAUCUGUCAAUGCCCAGGGCCUUGGUAAGUGCAGCAGUUCGAGGGAGAGUGCUGUAUCCGGUGAUGACGGGAUGUUUCGACUACGCGGUCUCUUGCCCGAUUGCCAGUAUGAAGUUGCCGUCGGCGACAAUGGCUCUGGUGGCCUCCUGCGUGCUAUUCCUGCCACGCGCACCGUGUCCGUGUCAUCCGCUGAUGUCAGGGGUGCUGACAUUGUCGUCUUCCGCCCGCAAUCGCAGUUGGAACUGAGUGGCUACAUUAAGGCAAACAGGAGCGAACACCUUUCGACGCUGAAGGUGAUGCUGUUUGCGGAACCGCACCUGACAUCAUCGCCAGUGCAAAUCGUGAGUGUUGGCAAUCAGCCCUUCUUCCACUUUGCUGCUCUGCCAUCCGCAAGUGCGCCCGUUGUUUAUCGGUAUGUAGUGGAGAGCUCUCUGUCUCGUUCUACUUUCAGUGGCCUGCAGGCCGAGGUGCGCUUCACCGUUCUACCAGGAGAGCUGCAUCGCCAUUUCACUUUAGAAUUCAGCCCACUCGCUGUCAACAUGGAGACUGAGUCAUCACUGAAGCACGGCUCAUUACUGGGCGUUCUUUGUGUGCUGUUACUCACCAUCUGUGUUCUGAAUCAGCAGAGACUGAUCAGUAUGGCAACGGCCGUGAUUUACUCUUACUUGUCGAAUUCAGGCGAUUCGAGCGCGUCAAGGAGUGGAAGACGGAGGUGAUAUCAGACGUGAAAGGUUUGAGUAGUAUGAGACUGACUGUCACUAAGGCGGCAAGCCACUCUGGAUCUGACUACCUUUUUGAGGUUGACUAUUUUCCAGUAGGUUUUUAAUUAUGAUUAUUUGUUGCCUCGGUCGCCAGGUGUGUGCACGCUGCGCACGCAGCACACCGAACGCCGUACGCUUCUGAGCCAGCGAACGAGUGCUGAAUCCUAUAUUCCUGUAGAGCAGAUGGUUGUAGCUGGAGUUGGUAUCCUCUGGAAACCUGACCGACCUUUUUUCUAGUUCCUGUUUACAUCGCAACACUUCCAUGCGCAACAUAGAAUUCAGGAAAAAAGACAGGUUGAUCAUAAUACGAAUGUUUCACUUUAUGCAGUCAUAUUUCCUCCGUCUCGUUUUUUGCCGCACAGUGGUACAAGUUUGUCGUUUUACAUGUUCCAUUUCGCCGGUGAUUCUCUGGACACGGUUGCUCGAGACAUACAGCAACGCACAUGACCGUUCUGCUGUCCUGAAUAUGUCUCCUGCUCAAUUCUAUCGGACAUGAUUUCGGUGUAAAUCUCAUUUGUUUGAUCUGGAGCUACAUGUACAGCAGAGCUGGAGUCCUCAUGGAUUGAUGUGCAGAUUAGGCUUUAACUUGGGCACUGCAGCGCAGUUGAAAUACUUAUUGGUAUUUGUUUCGACGAGAAGUUAUAACUGUGUGAGACUCUA